AUAGCUUAUUGUUGUUAUCUACAUGCGUAUCAUUUUCCUUGCACUGCUCGUACACCAACCCAAUAAAUUUUUAUCCCCAUGAACCUAAUUUUUAUAUUCAACCAAAAAAAAAGAUAUCUCCCUUUUUUUUUUUAAACAGAGAAUGAUCAUUCAAAAAGUUAGAAGCUUGGCUAAACGAAGGUCAAUGCUCUUGCUGAUCAGUGUGGUUAUGUUGUUGAUUGGAAUUUGGAAUAUUACCUCUGGAGCUAGAAGUGCUCAGCGACAGCCUAAGAGAAUUAUUGUAGAUACAGAUGUUGAUACAGAUGAUGUUUUUGCUUUGUUUUAUCUCUUGAAGCAAGACAAGAACGAAUUUGACUUGCAGGCAAUCACUCUAAACACAAAUGGAUGGAGUGAUAGUGGGCAUGCCAUUAAUCAUGUAUACGACAUUCUUUUCAUGAUGGGUCGAGACGACAUUCCAGUUGGAGUAGGAGGUGAAGGCUCCAUCUUAAGCAAUGGGACUCUUCUUCCAAAUGUUGGCGGGUACUUUCCUAUUAUCGACCAGCGCAUGUCCACCUCCGGCGAGUGCAGAUACAGACAAGCAAUUCCAGUGGGCCGAACAGGACGGCAAGAUAUAAAUACAAAUUAUGGACUAAGAAAAGGCUUCCUCCCACAAGGUGGGAGGCAUUAUGUUCCUCUUCAACAACCCACUUCACAAGAGGUGAUGAUAGCUGCAAUAUCAGCUGGUCCUAUAACUGUGUUUCUUUUGGGAGCACAUACAAAUUUUGCUUUAUUUCUUAUGAGCAAUUCUCAUCUCAAGAAAAAUGUCGAGCACAUUUUUGUAAUGGGUGGUGCCAUUAGAUCCUCUGGCAGUUUGUUUCCACAAGACACUAAUCCUUACGCAGAGUUCAAUAUAUUUUCAGACCCUUUGGCUGCUUACUUGGUUUUGCAUUCUGGUAUUCCAGUUACAGUGAUUCCUCUUGAUGCAACAAACACACUCCCUCUGAGUGAAAAUUUUUUCAAAGAAUUUGAAGGCAGAAGGGAUACUUAUGAAGCAGAAUAUUGUUUCCGGUCUUUAAAAUUGAUUCGCGAUAGUUGGCCUAAUAACAACUUUCAUGAGGACUAUUGUAUGUGGGAUUCUUUUAUGGUUGGUAUAGCAUUGUCAAUGAUGCGAAAUUCACAGAAUCCUGAUGGAGAAAACGAGUUUGCUGAUAUGGAACUUAUGAACAUAACCGUGGUUACUUCUAAUGAACCUUAUGGAUUAUCUGAUGGGUCAAAUCCAAUCAACAAUGGACAUUUGAUCCCAAUAUUACAUGUAGAGAACAAAAGUUUGCACAGUGGUCACGUUCAGACAGGAAUGCAGGAUCCUUUCUGCCUUGACAGUGGGAAAGGUAGAUGCCAGGAUGGUUACACAAAGGAAGUAACUGGUUCAGAAGCAGUACUAGCUCGUAUAGCAACAAGAGCUAAACCGAAUCGCAACAUUAGUAGCUCACUUGAUAAAGAAUUCUACAGAAGCUUUCUGGAUGUUAUAAAUCAACCUCAGCAGACUGGAAGGUUCAAUAUUAGCACACAAUUUCCUUAUUACAAGGAAGUUAUUUUCAGACCAAAUUUCACAACAAAAUCAGGUGGACAACCUGUUGUUUUCGAUAUGGAUAUGAGCGCUGGAGAUUUCCUAGCUCUUCUAUAUCUCCUAAAAUUGCCAAGGGAAUUGAUCAAUCUAAAGGGAAUACUAGUUAGUUCAACUGGAUGGGCAACCUCUGCUACAAUCGAUGUUAUAUAUGAUGUACUGCAUAUGAUGGGCCGGGACGAUAUAGCAGUUGGUCUUGGAAAUGUAUUCGCUGUUGGCCAAGCAUAUCCAUUUUUCAAAGCUAUUGGAGACUGCAAGUAUUCCAAGGCUAUUCCUCAUGGUUCUGGUGGUUUCUUGGAUUCUGAUACACUAUAUGGCCUUGCUCGCGAGCUGCCUCGUGGUCCUAGAAGAUACACAGCAGAAAAAUCUGUGACAUUUGGAGACAUUCGCGACACUGAUCACCCCGAGUUUAGGCAACCAUCUGCAUUAGAUGUUUGGAAAUCUGUUGUAGAAUCACUUGAUGGAGAAUCUAAGGUUACUGUGGUGACUAAUGGGCCAUUAACUAAUUUAGCGGAAAUAAUUCAGUCAAAGAAUGCAAGUUCGGUGAUUCAGGAAGUUUAUAUUGUUGGAGGCAACAUUGGAAAUGCUAAUGAAAAGGGGAAUCUAUUUACGGUUCCUUGGAACGAAUAUUCCGAGUUCAAUAUGUAUCGUGAUCCUUUGGCAGCAAAGGCAGUUUUAGAAUCUGACCUGAAUAUAACACUAAUCACAUUAACUAUGCAAAGGGCAGUAAGUAAUUUCUCUAAAAUUCUUAACAAUUUACAGUCGGGAAAUGUUACUAUCCCUGAAGCUAGAUUUGCAUGGAAUUUACUAUCAAGGCUUUGUAAAUUACAGCAAGAACAUCAUAGCUACCUCCACAUGGAUACAUUUUCAGGAGAAAUUCUUGGUGCAGUAAUACUAGCAGGGAAUCAAGAACUGAAGCCAACUUUUGAUUUAAAAAGUAUUAAAAUCUUAGCAGAAGGAGAUGAAACAAAAAUAGGACAAAUAGUUAUUGAUGAAGAGAAAGGAAAAACAGUUAAGAUUUUAGAAAAUGUUAAUCCUGAAGCUUAUUUCAAUCAUUUCGCAGAGGUAUUAAAAGAUCACAGACAAUCUGCUUUUAUUGGAAGCUUUCAAGAGCAAGAAAGAAUAUGGAAUACUCCACCAAAUACCGAACAAUCAUCACCUAAGCUGACCAACAAUUAGUGGAUUUAAGAUUGAAAGCUUUACAGCUAAAAAUACAAUUUUAUUCUGUUGCUCGUGUUGUUUUAUUGCUUCGCAGUGCAGACUAAGACAUUUAAACAGGAAAUUGACAGGCUUAACAGAUUUUUCCAAGCUGAUCAAGGAAAGAGAGCAAAAAUUAAGCUGUAAUUGCCACCAAACAACAAAAUAUAUAAAAAUUAAAAAGAAAGAAUCAAACUUGUGCUUCCUAGUUCUAUAUACAUGUACUAGCUAGCUUGUGUGUUAUCACAGUCAAGAAUAAAAUUAGUUUA